CCGCGGGGAGAUGGACUAACUUCUUUGGUGCAGAGACGGGUUGUCAACAAUAAGCCCCCAUCGCGGGGCUCGUCGAACCUUGUUUGUCUUCCAUUGACAACUAUAUCACCAGCAUGUCCUUCAAAGUGAAAGAUGUAUCUGUCGUAGAGCUUCCUGAUAUGGUAGCCGCAGAGAGAUAUGCCUUUGAAACUCCGCUCCAACCCAUCUUCCGAUUAUACUGCCCAAUCAUCGACAACGAUCGUCCAAAGGCCAUUGCUGACACCGCAGCCAAAGAACAAGAACGAGCGAGGAAUCCGGAUGUCAACGAGGAAGACAGAUGGAUCAAAGCCGUUAGAGCUCAAGACUCCAAAACCGAUGAGACCCUAGUCGGCGGCGCGCAGUGGCUCUUUAUCUCGAAAGGAACAAGCGAUCUCGAAGGCCAUAUCGAGUCGCUAGCCAAGCGUCAUCCAGAGGGAGGAGCCAGACUCUUCGCGGCGCAGUGCUUCCGAAUUCUUUGCGAAUGCGAAGCACGAAAUCGACUAGCAAUAACUGGAAGCGGUCCGUAUGCUACACUUGGCAGCUUUUUCACACUGCCAGAGUAUCGCAAGCUGGGCAUAGGUCAUCUGCUUAUGCAGUGGGGACUGGAUAUCGCCGAUGAAAGAGGCUUGGAUGUAUGGAUUGAAGCUGCCCCGCCGGCAGUUCCGUUUUAUGAGCGCCACGGCUUUGUACAAAAGGAGGUCACUCAUUUACAGCCGCAACGGCCGGAUGGUCUCUCGGAAAGGGUUGCUGCGGAAUGGGAUGCCACGGCCAGGUCGCUUUUACCUAUAACUGCCGUCAGCAUGUGCCGGCUUGCAGGGAGUCAUUGA